UAUUGUCAUUUGUCCGUCAAUACUCAAUACCCAAUGGCUCAUCGCAAUUGCUACCAUGAUUGUUUAUCAAUGUUAAAUAAUUCAUUAAUUAAUUUUUGAAAUUAAAAUAAACUAGAUUUGUGUAGUAACCAUUGUUUAAGUAUUUUAUUAGUUGAUCUGUGGCCCCGCUGAUACGGGUCAAUAUUUAGAAUUAUUGGGACUCAUGCUGUCAUUAAACAUGAAAAUAGACAAGAAACUUUUGCCAAUUAAGGGUCAUUUUAUACUUUAUAGUGCUGGUACCGCUCCACUUAUCCCCUAUUUGUCUACAUAUGCAAGACAAUUGGGAUUUUCAUCAACUACUGUUGGCCUAAUCUACACAAUACUACCAAUUUUUAGUCUUUUAGCAACACCAAUUUUCGGUUUCUUAGCAGAUAGGUUUAGAAUACAAAAAUCCAUAUUCAUAUUCUUUCAAGUAGUAAUAAUUGUAAGCUUCGCCAGUAUAUAUUUUAUACCUCAAAGUGGAUUAAAUCUUACGGUAGAGCUAGAUUGUGGUGAUGGUGCUACAGUACUAAAAAGUUGUUAUAAAAAUGCUAGAGAAAUUGACCAAUGCAGUGUCAUGUCUUUGGGUAGUCAAAAUUCCACUACACAAUGCAAGAUGAGCUGUGAUAUGACAUCGCCAAAAAUGUGGCAAACGGUGUGUGAGCAUUGGCAUAUACCGAAAUAUUGUUACAGUCAUACAAAUAGUAUAAAUUAUACGUCUUUCAUUAGUAAUAUUAGUAUGAAAGAGGAUAAGUGUGCUUACAUAUCAACAGACAAUGUGACGCUGGAAGGGUACACUUUUAAACCGAGCUGUCGCAUUGGCGGUGGAUUUGUCGAUGUCAACGAACCAUGUAUCCUUGACUGUGUAAAUGACCAGCUGUCAAACAUACUUGGGGAAAAUAAGGCGAAUAUGACAUGUUUAAAUGACACAUUAAAUUUUCGUUUGUGCAAUAAAGAUGUCGGGAAUAUGGUAUUGGGAAGUCAAUUGGAUAAAUGUCAGGCUAAUUGUGAGCUUGAUACCUCAGCACCGUGGAAAUUAAUGGAGAUUUGUUCGGGCUGGGGAGCUGACGUCACCGAUGUGUGUAAACCAAAGACACCGGCGGGUGAGCAUUUGCCCAAAACCCUCUCAUUUACUGGCAACAUUCGCUUGUCGUCAACUGUCACAGAACACAGCUGUGUUUUUAUAAGACUUACGGAUAUUGUUAUGCCUGAUGGAACAGUGCACUAUCCGAAUUGCAUUACCAAGGCUCAAUAUGAAAUGGAGAUGAACUUGUUCCAUCCAUUGUGUGAGAUUGAUUGUGAUCAUGCGCAGGUUAACGAGCUUCUCCAAUCGGCAAAAGAUAGUACAAGCGAAGAGACCUAUCAGUAUACGAAACAGUUUUGGAUGUUUUUUAUUUUCAUGAUUUUGAACUGGAUUGCGGGUGGAGUAGUUGUUGCAUUUGCUGAUGCUAUAUGUUUCAAUCUGCUUGGUAGUAAAAAGAAUUCGUAUGGAAAGCAACGGUUAUGGGGAUCCGUUGGUUUCGGACUAUUGUCGCUUAUAAGUGGGAGUCUCAUAGAUUUAUUCAGCGCUGGCGCAUACAAAGACUACACUAUAGCCUUUGUUCUAAUGUUCGUUUUUAUGUGCGGAGAUGUUGUAGUAUCGUCUUUUAUGAAGGUAGAAUCUUUGGCAUUCUCUUUAAACAUAUUAUCCGAUGUUGGAACUUUAUUCAAAUCUGCUCGCAACUGUGUCUUCAUGUUAUGGACAAUAUGUGUCGGGUUAUGUACGGGGUUGCUCUGGCAAUUUUUGUUCUGGCAUAUUGAGGAUGUGGCCAGAUUGACCUGUGACGGGGCGGAUUAUGUGAAGACAUUACAGGGGCUCGUCAGUGCCAUACAGACAUUUGGUGGCGAGAUACCCUUCAUGUUUUUAUCUGGUUAUAUUAUAAAGAAAAUUGGACACGUGAGCGUGAUGAGUAUUGUACUUAUUGCUUUUGGCGUGCGUUUCGUACUAUACUCGUUCCUCACCAACGCCUGGUGGGUGCUGCCAAUAGAAUUAUUCCAAGGUGUCACCUUCGGAAUGUUCUAUCCAACGAUGACGUCAUACGCCAGUCUUGUAUCACCACCGGGAACGGAGAAUACUGUCCAAGGCUUAGUUGGCGCCAUAUUUGGAGGUGUUGGUACGUCACUUGGGAGUUUGAUUGGGGGUUACUUGUACCAAACAUAUAAGGGUUGGAACACAUUCCGCUGGUUCGGAUUUGGGGCGAUUAAUAUUGGUGUGCUUCACGUCAUAGCGCAGUACUUACUUAAAGAUAAGCCGCAUCUUGAUCAAGGUUAUUCGUCUGUGAUUCACUAUGGGCAUACGAAUGAUGCAGUGAAUAUAUUGGACGACGACCCUGAUAUGUAAACUCCAAAAUUUAUAUUGAACCAACUUUAUUGUGGAUGGCGUCGCCACUGUCGUUUUAUUUAUGUGUAUUAAGUUUACAAAAAUUUGGUAAAUUUACCAAGUAAUUAGUAAAAAGGUUAAAACCUUAAACCCUUUAGAUUUUGUAAUAAUACUAUAGACAAGGAAUGUACUUAAUGUGCUUACUUACUCGUAUAUGCCAAAAUGUAAAUAAUAAAUUAUACUCUUUAUUAUUUUAUAUAAACCUUUUUGCAAAGAUUAUGGUAAUUCAGCGUUCGAAGACUGACAACUCUAGUUCCUAUUUUUGCUACUUCACAGAUAUUUUGGUGGCGCUGUCCAAUUAAUAUUUUAUGUCUGAAACACUAAAAACAAAUACUUUGUGUUUUUAAAAUAAGUGGCCAGUUACUUAAAUUUUUUUAUCAUCUGGUGGAUGUCACUUUUUUUACAUAAUGAUAUUGGCUACUUUACUGCCACCACUUAACAAAGACAUUUUUAUAUAUUUUAUUUAUUAACUAUAAAAAUGUUCGAAUUUCAAACUAUAAUCGGCUCUGUUUUUUUAAACAUAUGAUAAUUGACGGCGCAAAAUCUGACAAUUGACAUCUAUGGUUUUUAAAGUUAUGUUAUUUUACCUCCUAACAAUCAUGCUUUAUUGCUGCCAGAAAUUUGUAUACGAUAGUGAUAUUAGUAAUAGAUUAUAGAGCCAAGUUAUCCUCGUUUUCUCAAUAACUUUAUUUACGGGCUAGGGGUAUGGCAUUAUUUUUUAUGUGUUCUUGCAGUACUUAAUAGUAAUAUAUUAUUUUUAUAAGUGGGGUGUUGUUUGUAUAACAUGAGAAAUUUUAUUAUGUGAAUAAAUUAUAAAGUUUAUUAU